AUGAAUCGUUUAACACCAGAACAGCGCUUCCAAAUUGUGGAAAUUUACUUUGGAAUAAAUAGAUAUGUUCGCGAAGUUCAUAGAGCACUUCGUCCAUUUUACGGUCAACAUAAUGGGCCUAGCGAGCAAGCAAUUCGUGCAGUUAUUGAUCGUUUUCGCACUAAUUUUACUCUUCUCGAUUCAAAGCCAUCAACAAGACAAAGAAAUGUGCAUACCGAAGGGAAUAUUGCUGGUGUAGCGCGAAGUGUUGAAGAAGACGCCGAAAUGUCGAUUCGUCGCCGUUCUCAACUCGUUGGCCUUUGUCCUUCGACUACGUGGAAAAUUUUACGUAAGGAUCUUGGCUUACGUGCCUAUAAAAUACAGCUCGUGCAAGAAUUAAAGCCAAAUGACCAUCGUUAA